AGCUGCUGCUGCUCUGAUGGUCGCCGCACUCUUGUAUAGCAGCAUCCAGUGGCCUGAGUAAGGGAGCUCACCCUUGGUUCUUCAAACACUCUAUUCGAUUCCCCUUUUUUUUCUCCUUCCCUAGGGGUGAGGACAAGCUGUAACAUUUUGACAUAGGCAAUCUAGUGCCUAUUCUAACCAGGCCCACUGCAGACAGAUCCCUCCAGUGGCCUUAACUACCACAUUAUUGAUGACAACUUGACACAAAGCUCGGAAAAACUCUAUAGGAACCCCAUUAAGUCGAUGAAAUGGACACUCUAAUCGAAACCCUGUUUGUCAUUCGGCGGCGGUAGCCCUACCAGCCAAUCAGAACCCUCCAGGAUGGUCGGGCGCGUGACAGCAGCCAAUCGAAGGUGAGGGAGCUGGUGGUGGGCGUGUUGUAGGAGUGGCCUGGGAUAAUCCCGCAGCAGAACAAUGGAGAGGUGAGGACCGUAGGUGCGGCUGCCAGCUCUUCAGUAUUUGUUGACAAACCGCGCACGCUGCAGCUGUGAGUGUCGCUGGCAGCCCCCACGAGGACUCCCCAAAACAGUGACUGUGGUGGAUAUAUGGCACACGAGUGGAAGUAGAGAGAGGACCGUGUGAGAGGGCAGCGCACCUCCUGGGAGCUAGAAUGCUGCUCAUGGAGAAGAUGUUGCCUCAUCUUGGCUACGUGCAGCCCACAUUCCACGUACUGAGUCAACUGGCACGGCCCGUGCCGCUACCCCUGGGGCAGCAGCUGCCUCCGCUACCUGCACUCUCACCCUUCUCCAACCACAACGGUAUCAAGCUGGGCGGCAUGCCGCCCAACGCCCACGAAAGCGGUCCACACCCUCUCUCCUUUUCCGUCUUGGGGCGCGGUAGCGGCGGCUUCCUCGAUCGGACCGACCCAAGCGGCGGCCUGCCGCCUGGUCUCCCGUCCCCUUACGAUCGCGACGACGAGAAAGACUUGGACGACGCAGACGGUGACGCGGCGGCCAAGCGUCGGCGGUCAAGGACCAACUUCAACUCGUGGCAGCUGGAGGAGCUGGAGAGAGCCUUCGAGGCUUCUCACUACCCUGACGUGUUCAUGAGGGAGGCUCUGGCCAUGAGGCUGGGGCUCACCGAGAGCAGAGUAGCCGUGUGGUUCCAAAACCGACGGGCGAAGUGGCGAAAGAAAGAACAAACGAGGAAGGGUCCGGGUCGCCCGGCCCACAACGCCCAUCCACAAACCUGCUCUGGAGAGCCUAUCCCUCCAGAGGAACUGGAGCGCCGGGAUCGACUUCGCCGGGAGAAGAAAAUUCUGAAGCAACUGGAACGGCAGCAGCGCAAACUGGCCCUCAAGGGAGUCCAUGUGACUCUGGAGCAGCUGCGUCGCGAGUACGAGAACCAACAAAAACCUGAACCUGAGAUCGAUGUGGUAGGCGAUUGUUCCGACUCUGAAGACACACGGGAAUACGAAGACCACCCGGGUCGAGACUCUUCAUCCUCGCAAGAGCCGCCCACACCCACGCCCACGGCCUCCUCGCCGAAGAGCCCGACCACACCACCUCCAAAGCGGCCUCGACCCUCAACUUUCUCUAUUGCAUCUCUUCUUUCACUUUCAGAACCCUCAGACCCGCCCCCCAUAACGCAAGAGCGUGCACAAAAUGCCUCCGAGUCUCUGGUGUCCAGGGAGGCGAUGUCUCUCUCUACAGCCGCCUUGACGCCAACUUCGCAGACCAUUCUUGAUUCUUCAGUAGCCUCCCUGUCCAUGUCAAACGAUACUCCCACAAGCCGGGAAUCCGAAGUUAUCCAGCAUCAUCCAUCCUUGUCAUUUCUCCCGUCCUCCAUAAGCGUUAGUGUUCGGAGACCAUCGCCCCCGCCGGACGAUCACUAGCUGCUAGCCCAUCAGAGCCUAAAAAUCCCCACACCUACCUAGGGUGGGAAUAGAGAGCGUUCAGUAAGGCAAAGGAGUUUCAAGACAGGUGUUGCUCCAUUUUCAGGGGCCGCUGAAAGUUUGACGGGUUUGACUGACUAAAGCUUUGGUACGCUUGUGAAAGCUGCAGUGCAUAUAUAUAGCUGGGAAGAUUUAGCUUGUCUCCCAGAGCCGUGAGAUAUUAACUCUGUAUAUUAAACUUGUAUACGCUGGUAUUCGUCCCGAUGAUCCGCAAGCGAGCGGACGGGAGCAGAAGCCAGAGUGUAAAGUGAAGCGACCAGCUUGUCACCUCAAAGACUCCGAUCAGCCUGUCACCUAAAAGACUCUAAACAUCCUGUAACAUAAGAGAGAGUUCGUCUUUCUUAAACACUUCAUUCCUAUCCGAUAAGAUUCAUUCUCUUAUUUAUUCGUGUCAUAUUUCAUCGUGAUUAGAUAUAUUUAUGUCCCCAGUGUGCAUUAUGUAUAAUGUAAAAUGUAUACGUAGA